AUGGCUACGCGAAGCACUCUGCUCUCCAUUUUCAAUCAUGUUGUGCUCCCUCCUGAACUACCUGGAAAAGCAGAUGCACAAAGUGAUACUGUCGAGAAGGAGUUGAUUUGCCGUUUGAUGGCUGCAGUGACGGUUAUGAAAACCAAGUCUGAAGACGACUUGUUAUCCACUUGGCAGAUGAUCGAAAACACACUGAAAACAUCAUCUCUUUCAAAUGAGGAUGGGAUAUGCAACAAGUCAGUGCUUAUCAGAGAGUUUAAGAAGCUUUCCCCAGAGAGCGCUCUUAUUCUUCGCGUCCGAGAGCAAAAUGCAGGCCUUCUCAUCCGCAGAGAGAGCGGUGACGAAACAAGUUUCAUUUUCGAAGCGUUCGAGACGUCUCCCUCUGCCGAACAAACUCUCGCCGCCAAAGGCGCCCUGCAAUGGGAUUUUCCCGGGGUUGCGGUUUCGGUUCCCGCCGUCGUCUUCGAGGAUCGCGUUUUCCAAGAAAGCCUCGCCGCGUUCAUUGAAAAAGCGAGCGUCGAGUACUUGGACUUGUUUGUUACCAAGGUACGGAAAGCCGGGGUGGAGGUGUCCGAGACUCGUGAUACUUCAGAUCCAUCCAUCAUUACUCAGUUUUUGAUCACUCUACUGGAAGUAAACGGCGAGCGUCUUUGUUUACCAGUAUUGCGAAAGCGCGUCAACGAUGAUGUCUGCUGGGACUCGGCUAAGACUCCCUGGCGUCGCAGUCCUUUCUGGCUUGUCUUAAGAGUGUGUGUCCAACGCUUGCUAUAUCUACAUCUUGGUAGCGCGGUUGGACGCAUACAAUACAAGGCCCUCAUGUGCUUGUUUUUGGCGAAUUUGCUCAAUGACAGUAUGAGCGAGCUGAACUCAGAAAAGUAUCAUCUAUUGAAGGUGAAACUAUGCCGACGCCUCGCAAAACUCGACUCCGAAAAGGGUUACCUGAGCGGCACACGUCAAGCUGCCCAGGCGUACAAGCAUGCUCUCGGAGUGAUUGAACCUCAUUGCACCAAAUCAAUUGACCUUGCCACCGCGGACGAAGAGAGAGAAUGGAAGGCCUGGAAACAAGACUUUCAACGCCGGGUCCCAAGGCUGCCUUCAUCUGCUUCUCCGGACGACACUAAGCUGACCCUCCCAAGUAGCAUCGGGUACUUCAGAGGGAUCCUAAAGCCUCGCCAACUCGAACCCGCGCCGGCAAAAGGGAUAGAUCCGAAUAAUCUCAGAGAAAUUGCGAUGAAAAGCACCAGUAAACAGUUCGCAGAUCUUAUAGAAAUCUAUUCAUCGCUUGCAGCUCGAGAGGCCGUCAUAGGGUUGAUGCCUUCUGAAAUUCCAUCCACGAUCGAGGGUUGUAAGACCGAAUGCAUCGAACUCGCAAAUACAAUAUCGGACUAUAUUAGUGCUGUUGGAGACAAAUACGAUGGAAACUCUGAGCAGAUGAGCAUGUUCAUUAUGAACGUAUUCACCAUAUGGGAGAAAAUGGACAGAUGCGCCUUGGAAGCUUAUCCCCUGCUCAAAGACUAUCAUCCAUGGUUUGAACCAGAGAUUCUCGACGUCUUACUUCUAGAGCGCUGGAAGCAUAUGAAGCGUGUGCAUACUAUACAGUCCCAUAUUCACACGCGCUGUAUCCAGGCUAAGCGAGGUAAAAUGACCAUCUUCGCGAAUCCAGCACCGGGAUGCUUCGCUGAGAUGUAUUUUGAAACUGCCGAUGCCCUCAAUCUCCAAGCACUGCAGCUACAAAUUUUAAUGGACUCAGAGAACUCGAAUGAGAAGAAGAAAAGUGAAUUGCGAUCGAUCAAUGACCAAUUCGAUAGUCUGACUGAGAAGCUUAGACUAACUUCUUGCACUUUAUUGAGGAACGAAGAUGGGACACAUGACAUUCGCGGGUGUAAUCAUUGUUACUAUAUGCGGUCUCGACGGCGCCUUGAGGUCCAUGUUCAUGAAGACUUCCUUCCGGUCGGGCACGAAAGGCUCGCCCAGCAGAAGGCUGUUGUCUUUGAGCUACGAACACCGAGGGCAUUUUCUGCGUAUCGUCAGGCCACCUGGGAUAUAGUCAACGCAUUAUGCUCCAUGCCCGAUUCUUCGAGCGCGGAUAGACCAGAAGUCUUGCUUGCUCAGUACUCCCAACUCAAAUCUUACUAUCGUAACCCAGUUUCUGCAAGCUUCUGCCUAGCGUCACGUACAAAAUCCUUUUUAGGAACACAUUACAGCCAUCGAGGGCUUCCUGCUUCUGCCACUGAUGUCUUACUUCCGCACGGUCUGAGAUACUCAUACUAUGAUUCAGAGCGCCAUCUGUGGUUCAGUGACUACCCAAUGCAGCUUACCCUCGUCCACCAUUUUGCUUUUAGCAUCCCCAAAGAGUUUCCAUUUUCAGCACUAUACUCUUCCUCUCUAUUUGCUGCUGACGGAGACGGGCCCUCCUCUUACGAGGUGGUGGCAAGUAUCGGGCAGUGUCCGUCGGAACUAACUGUUCAUGAGUACAUGGCCCACCAGGGUCUGAUGGGCGGAAGAAACAGACGAUGGUUGUCUAUUCUGGCCGAACUUGGGUCUUCGAAUAUUAACUUUAGCUUACAAGAUACCAUGGUUCUUUUCCACCACCUUGUAUUACAGGCAGGCCCUAGGCUAGAGCAUGAUAGCAUGCGAGCCGUCCACUCUAUGUUCAGGGAUCGUGCAUUUUGCAAAAGAUUGUCAGAACAGAUUUGUCGGCAUGUUGAAUCGAUAGCCACGAAUUGGCGAGAGACGAGCUACAUGGAGACUUUAUUGACACUGUCUCUUCGACUGUUUUUAAUCGGCCAUUUAGAAUCUCGUAUUGAUUCAAAGAAGCUCGUCUUGAGGAUUCGGCAAAUAACUCUGAAUUGGGUCACCCUGCUACGAAGUGAAACACGACAAGCCGAGGAUAUCACACAGUCAGAUAGGGCUGCGAGGUACUGCUUUCUUUCAGCACUUCUAUGUCGCAGGACCUUCUUCCCUUGGCUUACUAGCCAGACAUCCCUCGACUUGGAAAGCAUGAAAUGUUUCUUCGAGGCAUCUUUGGCCAUGCAAGAGAGCUUGGUUGUAGACUUGAGCAAAUUCAGCACCAUAACACGUAACAUGCUUAUUCGCGAUAUUAAGAUGGUGGCUCGUAUGUCAGUGCUACUGCGAACAGGGGUUAUGAAAUACCCCAUGAGCAUCGGAGCCGCUAUUGACGCCGCCUGGCCUGGAGCGGAUGGCAAGGGGAGGGCUUACAACUCAUGGAGGCUUUUACUCGCCCCGCAUGAGGACUGGGCCAUGUCAAUAACUAUUCCCUUAGAGGGAAGUCGACCACAAACUCUAUAUUUCCAUAUUCUCGAGGGCCAUUUGGUUGUUGAUGGGAAGACAAUUGGGAAGCUUCCGGCUGAUAUCCGCGAUUCGCAUAUUCUCAAGGAGCUUUUUGGCAAUCAGCGCCUGUUUGCUCUCCCGUCCAACCUUCCCGGCAUGGACCAUGUCCUCCUGAAUCGUGCAGACGAACACCAAAUUCAUCUGGGCUACAGGGCCGGGAAGCUGGUCAUACAGGCUCGUGCGUUUAGAACUGUGCUGGAGCUGGUACCACGGGAGGUAUUCGGAGAUGGCCCUGCGUUUGACCUUCCAUAUUCCCUCAUUUCUGAUUGCAUUCACUGGGCCGACCUGAGUACCGGUAGAGUUGAAAUCAGGCCUAAGCCACGUAUCUGGAAAAGAAGAGAUGGUAACUGGAGUAUCGAUAUCCGAGCCAGAAAGGCCCACCGAACGAAUGCGCAGCGAGAUACACUGAGCUUAAUUGACCCAUUCUCACAACUAGCACAAAUGAUCUCUCGAAUUUUCCUUCACUUUGAACAUCCUGCCCGUCUUACCAUUCAGCAGAGUUCAAAUGGCAUCUCUGUCGAUCUGAAGCGAAUGGACUUGACUUUCUUUGUUACAAGAGCGGGUCAGCUCAAAUGCCAGCAGCUUGGAGCCAUUGUUGAUCGUAAUCAAGACCCAGGAACUUUGUAUGGCCUCCAAAGUAUGCUCGUGUUGAAGGACAUCAACGACUGGUCUCAGCGCAGCAUCAUCAUCCCCCUCGGAAAAGCCCGUUAUCGGCGUCAUCGCAGCCAUGUGCUCCUUGAAAUUGAACACACAGGCAACUACAUGAGAUACACCAUCAAUACAGUGCUUCAACGUCUCGAGUGUCCAGCUGAUCCGCAACUUCUGUAUUCAAAGGCUUACUUGCACGCGCUCACAUCUCACUUACUACCAGAUCCACUGACAGGCCGAACUGGAACUCAAGAAGCUCUUGCCUGUUUACAGUCCGGAUACUGCCAGCCAUGGCAACCUCUUAGGCCCGAUCCCAUUAGCAUUUUAGUGUCGAUUGCUGAACUUACACCACGCAGAAAGUAUUACCCCAAGGACAAGCGGUGCCAGCAGAUCGUAUCAUGGGACUCACAUUUGACAGCGAAUAUCCAACACGAGGGAUUUCAAGUUGCCGUUGAGGUCAUUAUCAAGAAGUCUCAGAGAUUGAGUCAGUUUAGUGGAGAUGUGCCAAAUUCCAUACUGCCUGAGAUACCGAAAAAUACUGUUCAUCUCUGCGAAAGGGCACAAUGGCGACGAUCACUAUUCGAAUCUUCUGACACUUUAUCUGAGAAGCCUGUCCAGCCUAAGGAUACUCCAUAUGUUUCACGGGAUGGUUGGGCUGCGCCUGAGAAAGUACGUAACUUGCGUGAAAUCGUGACAUUGCUCCGCAAACAACCGGCUUCCAUACACACUACGCGUGAUAUUGUCGGCCUGCUCGAAAAGUGGGAAUUAAUCGGCGGUUAUAUGAACACAUCUACUCUUCAUGACAUUGGAAACUACUUGAAUGCUGACCUUGCUGGGGAAUGGGGUGGCCUGAUUAAUCUGUGCCGAGAGUCGAAGGCUGAAGAGGUGUACAGUCUUAUGUUCCAGCUGGGCAUAAUAGCGUUCGGAGAACGGGUCGAUAUGACGGCACUACGGAUCAUUGUAUCCUUCUUCAUCAUUCGCGAGCUUAAAGUCUUGGAGCUACCACAAUACCCAUCUUUCGUGGGUUUCCGCGAAGGCGAGUUGCCUACCACCGACAACCUGCUACCGAUCAUAAGGAUAUCAUACCAACUACAGAGACCGUCGAAGAUUUCGAAAAAGCGAAAAGGUAGUGUUCCUCAUGAAAACAGGAGAUUCGGGUACGAUGUUAAUUGCGAAAAAGAGGGAGUGGCAUUGGCAGAAUUUUUGGCCCUGCAAUGGCCUUGUCCAGAACCGUCCGUUGAAGGGUUCGAGCCAAACACCGUGGACCUCCACGAGGCCAUGAAAGCCCUACUACCAGAGUGGCAACGUAUGUAUCGGAAUGCCCAACUACAGCGCCAUCUCGUCAGGGUCCAAACAAUUCUGAAUCACCAUUACGCAGUCGCAAACGACGUGCCCGUACUGCCGGCUUAUUUGAAUCGCUCUCAAAAGGAUAUACUAGGUACUCGGCCAAAACCCUAUUUCUUCUAUCCACGCCUAGGGGAGGACCUCGUAGGGAAAGAGGCACUCGAUUUUGCCAAAUAUUCAGGUACUCUCGGGGAGAAUAUCAUUACACCGCAUGCUGGAGCACUGGCUGUUCCUAGUGAUUCUAAGACAGAGACGCCGCAAUCCCCGACCCGCGAAAUCGUUGAUCUCGAGAGACUUGUCUCUAGAUUUGGCCAGUCUGACUGUUCAGUGAGAAAUAGGUAUUCCCAUAAUUUGCAACAAAGCAUCACAGCACUCAAGUCAGUCAAGCAAGAGCUAGAUCACGGACACACUCCUCAACUCAACACAACCAAGGAAAGACUUAAGCUUGAUGGCGAUGUUAAGGCAUCCCGUGAAAGGGUGGACAUGUACCAUCAUCUCAUCGUUAAAUCUCUGUCUGUGCACGAUACAAGUUUUAGGUGGUUAUCCAAAGGCGGCCUUUGGCCCCGUUUGACCCCAACCACACUACUACAACAGUUGCGGUCAAUAUCACUGCAUGAUCUUGGUCCAGGAAUGAGUCAAAUGUUUAUAUCAUACGCUCUGGCAAUUACCGAAUUGCAGAAGUUCUUAAGGUUGAGAGAAGCUACUGUGAAACGAGAUGAGACGAAGCUACAUCAGGAGCGUAUAGACCCUGGCCAUGUCAACUGGGACCCGAGCGAUUUCCCCGACUGGGUAUUACUGGAGAUUGAUGCGAAUAUCCGAAUAAGACAAGACCAAAUCACCGUCGCUUUCGAAAUGAUCUCUCCUACUUCUGGUUCGAAUUCCGUCCUACAAAUGAACAUGGGACAAGGGAAAACUUCCGUCAUCAUGCCCAUGGUCGCAGCCGUUUUGGCGAAUGGACAAAUGCUUAACAGGCUCCUAGUACCGAAGGCGCUAUUAACACAGGCCGCCCUGAUUUUACAGUCACGUCUUGGAGGACUCCUAGGACGCGAGCUCAUUCACAUCCCAUUUUCGCGCCGAACCCAAACACCCGUAAGCCUUAUCGAAGAUUACCGUGGACUGCAUUCGGACAUGUUAGAGACCGCAGGCGUAAUACUAGGGAUCCCUGAACACAUACUGUCGUUCAAACUUAAUGGACUGCAGCGGCUUGCAGAUUCGAAACUGACUGAGGCGGUCCAGAUGGUCGAAACCCAGAAAUGGCUAGACGAAGUCAGUCGUGAUGUCCUUGACGAAUGUGACUUCACAUUGGCGGUGAAGACGCAGCUGAUAUAUCCCGGUGGUUCGCAGCAUAUACUUGACGGACAUCCUGAUAGGUGGGAGGUUGCAAUGACAGUUCUUGGUCUCGUUGGCCACCAUCUCAAUGAUCUGGCUCGGGAAUAUCCCAAGAGUAUUGAUAUACUUGAACGCAAUUGCACAGAUUUUCCCGUCACCCAUUUACUCCGAAGGGAUGUCGAAGAAGCGCUGGUGCGGAAAAUCGCCCAGGAUAUCUGCGAGAAACGGACAUCGUUGUUGCCAUUAGGGGAGUGCAACGAAAAGGCUAAAGAUGCAAUCCGAGUCUUUAUUACUGAAGAAAAGGUCGAAAAGUCUAUCACUAAGCGUAUCACCAAGCUCUUCCCUGACAACCCCAAAGCGCGCAAGAUUGUGUAUUUACUGCGAGGAUUGCUGGUACACGGGAUAUUGAUUCUGUGUUUGAAAAAAAGGUGGAACGUUCAAUAUGGGCUGCACCAUGGUCGAGAUCCCAUUGCCGUUCCGUUCCACGCAAAGGGAGUUCCAUCAGAUCAGGCUGAAUGGGGCCACCCUGAUGUGGCUCUUUUGUUUACGUGUCUCGCGUUCUACUAUGAAGGCUUGAGCCAACAGCAGCUGAAGAUAAGCCUGGAGUCAGUUUUGAAGUCGGACCACCCUGCCACGGAAUACGAUAAGUGGAUCCAAAACUCCAAUACACUGCCUGAAGGUCUACGACAUUGGAACGCUCUAACUGUGGAUGAUGCCGGGUUAGUUGCAGAGAUAUGGAGACACCUACGCUUCACACCCGUUGUCAUCAACCAUUUCCUCAGUAACUUCGUCUUCCCUCUACACGCCAAACAGUUUGCAACCAAACUCCAGGCUUCUGGCUGGGAUGUUCUUUUGAAUGCUCAAAAUAAUGAUGCCGAAUGGAUCCACCCAGGGGUCACAACCGGAUUCAGUGGUACAAAUGAUAACCGCGCGCUGCUUCCACUUACCAUUGAACAGUUCGAUUUGCCGGGCUUGUCUCACACGAAUGCUGAAGUACUCACGUACCUAUUACAGACAAGAAAUCGGCGGUAUCGUGUCGCAACUAAUGUGAAUGGAAAACGGUUGGCAGAAAUAGAACUGCUAGACUACCUUCACAAACAGAAUAUUCGUGUUCUCAUCGACGCCGGCGCUUUUAUCAUGGAGAUGAACAAUAUGGCAGUUGCACGCGCUUGGAUACAAACAGAUUUUUCCGCCAAGGGCGCAGUUUACUUUGAUGAGGACAACAAACCCUGGGUGAUGUAUCGGAACUUCAAAAGAGUUCCACUUUUUGCCAGUCCAUUUGCAGACGAUAUGCGCGGAUGUGUGGUUUAUAUUGACGAAAGUCACACAAGGGGAACGGACCUGAAACUGCCUCCAGAAGCUGUAGGGGCGCUUACCCUUGGUCUGGGUCAGACGAAGGAUCAUACGGUUCAAGCUGCGAUGAGACUGCGUCAGCUCGGCACGACACAAUCAGUAACUUUCAUAGCGCCUCCUGAAGUCCAUCAAAGUAUUUUGGACGUGUGCAACAAAACCUCCUGGGACAAAUUGGAUUCCUCGGACGUCGUUUCGUGGCUCCUCGACCAAACAUGCGCGACAAACAAGGAGUUGCAACCUUUGUACUUUGCACAAGGCAAAGAUUAUUGCCAACGAAUGCGGGCUGCUACAGCACACAGGAAAUUCCUUUCGAGUUCAGAUCACAGAAAGGCUUAUCUCAAGGUUUUACAACAGCCCGAACAACAAACGUUGGAGCAGCUGUACGAGCCGACGUAUGUUGAAGUCACCGCUCCCUCGCCAGAAUCCAGUGCCCUGGCCGCUUGUGGGGGGCGGGUAGAGCGGUUGAUAAAGGCGCUUCAACAACGGCGACAAGAUUCUCAAGCUUUUGAGUCAGUUAUUAGUUCGGCUCUGGAAGAGGUUGAGCAGGAACGCGAGGUAGCCUAUGAGAUUGAAGAAGAAAGGGAGAUCCAACGUCCCCGUCGCCCCAAGGCUCACAAAUUCCCAGGCCUGCAUGAAUCAGUGUUAAGUUUUGCUAAAGGGAACCUCCUGGGGUCGUCUAGUAUAUGUACGGCAUCGGAAAUGUUGGAGACCUCCCAUAUUGGAGAGAAGUACAAAAUCGAUGGCUCCUCAUUAGUACCUCAUAUCUACGUGUCCGAGGAGUUCACCAAGACAAUCAAGCAGAAAAAGUCGGUCGUGGAUGGAACCUACAUUCGUCCAGUCAAUUGGAUACUGUAUAACACUGUCACGGAAACUGCACUGGUGGUUAUUCCCGAAGAGGCCGAAAUGUUGAUUCCAAUUAUGCGCGCCUCUAUUCCAUUGAACACCCACCUUAUCCUCUACGCAGCGCCAUGGACCAAGUCGAUGCUCCAUUUCGAUACACUUUUGUAUUAUUCCAUUCCAGAACUCCCUGAUGGAUGGACACCUCCACCCUGGCUUCCUUUCGAGCUUGGUGUCCUCGCUGGCAGACUUUAUUUCUCUUUUUCGGAGUACGAGGACUUACUUAGUCGGCUAUACUCGCUCUCCGGAAACCCAACUGAGGAGACGGAAUCGUCAAGACUUUUGGCAGUCGCCAAGAACCGUCUAAAUUUCCUGCAAGAAUGGUUGUCAAUCCGUCGCCAGGGACAGGAUAUCACUGAUACUCCAAUGGGGUAUAUCUGUCAAGACUGGCCACUGCGCAGUGACCAUCCUUUCUUCUCGUCGAGAGCGCCCAGGUCAGGCGGGGCGAAAGCACCUGGACUAGAGUCGCUCCAGUUCAGUGCGGCAGACGAGGAGGAGGAAUACUAUAGUAGUGAUGACGGGAUGGGCAUCGAUCAGAUGGAUGUUGAUGACGAUGAAGUGCCGGAAGACGAUGUUGAUGUGGAGUGA